GAACUGAUUGUAGCCUAUCUUAACUAAUUUGGGAAGAAUUCAAGACUAGGGUUAGAAAAGUAUGGAUUCAUGUUUUGGGUUGCUAAUCUUUUCUCUUUAAAAAAAAACAUAAUUAUAGCAUUCCAAUCUCCUUAUUUAGCGAUGCGACCCAAAAUCUGUAGGCCUAGGAUAUUUAUGCCUAUUGGCCUAUCCAAGAUAUGCACUUCUGACGACUCCUUCUGAGGAACAUAAAAGCUAUUUAGACCUGUUGAAUGCCUUGUAGAAUAUUUGAAAAAGCCUAUCUUUAUCCUUUAGACAUAGAUUGAUUUUAUGCAGUGAAUUGUUGACAUAGUGAGUACCGUUUGUUGAAUACAUUUGAAAUGAUCGAUGAUAGCGAUAAAUGUUAGAGAGAAAUCCCAAUAAUGGCUUCCUCGUCGUGGGAAGCGACCCUGUGCGCGGCGCGCAUUGGAUAGAGUGCGCGCUCACGCGGCACCGCUAGCAGGACACAGGUCACGGGAAGAAGCUGAGCAGUUGGUGAUAUGACGCCAACGUUUCAAUGGGUACGAGCCGGACUUCCACAGUGAUGGGGAGAGAUGGAGCGUCUCCUGUCCCGUAAGAAACAACAAUGCUCAUUGUUUUUACUGAGAUGAAUGGCGUAGUUUCUGUCUGGAGAUACCGCAUUGUCAAUGUUACGUUGUUCUUCGAGAACAUCUGAAGAUCCAAUACUGGUCCCUCAUGCAAUCUCCUCAUUCUAACGACCUGCCUCUGAGUUCUGCAAUCCUAGCUGCACUGAUGGGCAGGUGAAAUCUAAGAGGCCAAGAGUUGGCCUUCCUUAAAUAACAAAACAAAACAAUGUUUCCCCAAUGAAGGGAAAUGACCCCAUGAUCUUCACUAGUUUAAUCCCAAUCAACGAUGCCUUUAAACAUCCGAGCUAAGCCCGCCCAGAGCAAGUUAUCUGCCGCAUCAAAGACCGGGGGUCACAGCGAUGGAAGUCCUGCCUCACGCUUCGCUAGGUCUUCAAAGCAGACCAAGUCUAAGGAGGGGACCAUCUCUACCCCAGGCUGCCGCUCAGGGCUGGAGCCGGGCUCGGUGUCUGGUGGGGGGCCUUCUCCGGCUGCUAAACCAGGUGCUAGGCCAGGGCCCUCGGCGAGGACAGGGUCAAAACCCAAACCCAGAGGGGCAGCAGCAUCAGAUGCAAGGAGAGCCUCCAAUUCGGCCACAGCCCCGGGCGGUAAAACCUUUUCCAUGGAGAACAUCCAGUCGGUCAGCGCUGCCUACGCGACAUCGGGCACCAUGUACCCCAGCGAUCAUGAUGCCCUGGACCCCUCAGGGAGUUACCCCAAAGGCACCCCAUACCCCAGUGACCAUGACGCGCUGGAGCCCUCAGGGGGUUUCCCAAAAGGCACCAUGACUUUGGGCAGGAACACCGGUCGGGCCUCGUACUCCGGGCGCUCUACUGCGACAGGCAGCAGCCCCAACAUCACCUUCUCCGGGAUCCCUCCACCAUCAGACCCCUAUGGAAACCAGAACCAUCACCCGCAUCCAGCGGGCCCUAGUAGCCUGAGGGGCCCGCCGAGUAGACAUCAGCCAGCACAGGACUGUUUGGGGGACGGAGAAGGGUCCACCCUGGAUCUGCAGUCCCAGCUCCGAGAACUUCAAAAGGAGAACGAGCAGCUUAGGAGAGAGAUGGACGUUGGUAGAGAUGGGAGGAGGAAAUCCGGCACAGUGAACAGUGUCAACUUUUGGGGCCCUGAGAUGAAGAGAGACAGGGGGGUUAGGCGGGAGGAAGGUGUGAGGAACUUGAUGCCCAAGGACCAGUACCGAGAUAACCAAGAGGACUGGCAGCCUGGGGAACCCAGAAGAAGCAAGCAGCAACUCCCGUUAACAGUGCAGGAGCUGCAGGAGGAGCUGCGUGCUCACAGGGAGAUGAACAGCCGAUUGCAACAACAACAACAACAACAACAACAACAACAACAGCACCAUCAACAGCAGCCACAACAACAACAGCAACAGCAUCCACAGAGCAACUGCUACAGAGACUUCCAGGCGGAACAGGAACCCAGAGGAGCCUCCAGCCCAGGCCACAGCCCCAGACAGAGUUCCGGCCUGGGCUCCAUCUCUCUCCUCAGCCCCCUCCCUGGACACAGCCCCCGAGCCCACAGCCCCCGGUCCAACAGCCCCCGGGCCCACAGUCCGUCCAACACCUACAACCCCAGAACCCAGCAGCAGAAGCAGCAAGCAGACAUCAUCAUCCACAGCCCCGGGUCCUGCCUUCCCGAUCCGGAGGGACCCAUGCAGGGCACCCAGAACCACAGCCUACGUCGCGGGCAGAGCAGCGGCCACGGCCAGCACACACACUACGACGGGGGCGGCUGUCCGGCCCCGGGACGGCGCCCCAGCAGCGGCGGUGGCGGCGGCACCCCGCAGAGGCCGCUGCCCCCCCGCAGCCCCUGCGUGGUGCCGGGCUGCGACGGCUUCGGCUCGCCGCCCCCGCUGGAUCCCGCCACGGCCGCGGCCGAGGAGGGCUUCCAGCGGCUGCAGACGGAGCACGAGCGCAAGGCCAAGGAGCUGUCGCUGCUGAGGAGGACCAUGGAGGAGAUGGAGGUGCGGAUCGAGGUGCAGAAGAACACGCUGGGCGCGCGGGACGAGAGCAUCCAGAGGCUGCUGGAGAUGCUGCAGGGCCAAGGGGGCCAAGGGGGCCAAGGGGGCCAAGGGGGCCAAGGGGGCCGGGCGCCCCAGCCUGGGAUCAUCACCAUGGCAACGCAAGAAGCCCAGUCUCAUAUCGAGAACCUGCAUGUCAGAGAGGAGCUCCACCGGAGGAACCAGGCCGACCAGGCCAAAACCAGAGCUCUGCAAACCGUCAUUGAUAUGAAGACCACCAAUCCCCCUUUCUGUUUUGAUCCUGAUGUUAUCUGGCAGGGCACCAAGAUCUCGUCACUGGAGAGGAACAUCCGUGACCUGGAGGAUGAGGUGCAGAUGCUGAAGACGGGCGGCACGAUGCACCCCGACGACAGGCAUGACGACCUCAAGCAGGUGGAGGUCUACAAGAGUCACUCCAAAUUCAUGAAGAGCAAGGAGCAGGCCUUGCCCCUGUGCGUGCCUCAGAGAUCCAUCAGAGCAGCUCCUUCCUCCCUCCUCCCCUACCAGCACCCCUACCAGCAACCCUGGAUCACAGAACAGCCAGAAAUUGACCAGCUGAAGCAGGAGUUAAACAAGAAGGAGUCUGAGAUGCAGGCGGUGCAGACCAAGUUGGAGACGCUGACCAAUCAGAACUCAGACUCCAAGCAGCACAUCGACGUGCUCAAGGAGUCGCUGAACGCCAAGGAGCAGCGGUCCAACACACUGCAGACCGAGGUGGAUGCCCUGCGGGUGCGUCUGGAGGAGAAGGAGCAAGUGCUGACCAAGAAGAGCAAGCAGCAUCAGGACCUGUCGGACGAGAAGAGCACUCUGGCCGGGGAGAUCCGGGACAUGAAGGACAUGCUGGAGGUCAAGGAGAGGAAGGUGUCCGUGCUGCAGAAGAAGAUUGAGAACCUGCUGGAGCAGUUGAAGGAUAAGGACAAGCAGCUGGCGGGGCUGCGGGAGCGGGUCAAGGGACUGCAGACGGACUCCAGCAACACGGACACGGCCUUGGCCACGCUGGAGGAGGCCCUGUCUGAAAAGGUAGAGGGACAGCCGGCUGUGUAGAGAGAGAAGGGUCCCGUCAGUGCGGGCAUAUUGAAGUGAGGCUUUCAUUGUGGAGCUAAACAUGGCAAAGAUCACAUCCAGGAUAUAUCCACUUCAUUCCUACAUUAAAGUAUGCUAAUUACUUAAUCAUACAAUUUUCAAUAAUGAGUCAAACAAAAUCUCAAAAGCUGCUAAUUUGCUAAUUUAGCUAAUUGCUAAUAUUGUUGUUCGAUAUGGUGGAUUAACUUUGCCGGCAUGAAUCCACUUUGGUUUAACCUCAAACUCCCUCCUACUGCAAUUGAGAAUUACAUUUAAGUGGACUGCAUGGGCAAAAGGUAAGGUGUUUCAAAGUGGACACAUUGAGAGGAAGAGAGGAAUAUACAGUCUCAAAUUCGAGUUUAUUUCAAAAUAACGUAAAAAAGGGUCUUGUAAAGGAUCAAAAAAAGAAAUAUUAAGCACACAAAGAUAUAUGGGGACAACCUUUAACAGGUGCCAUCGCAUGGCAAGCACAGCUGUGGCUAAGGAAGGAAUGAUUGAGUCAUUCUAUUGUUCUAGACCCCUUAAUGAAACAGGUCUAUUGAUUGUCAGGAGCUGACCCUGUGGUGACCCUGACCUUUGAUUCCAGCCGUAUAAAUCCAGCAUCACGGUGACUUGCAGUUUGUGCAUGUUUCAAAGUGCCAACCGCUUAGUCAUCCUGCUGACUCCAUGCUCAUAGGAAGUAUGUCUGGACUCCAACCCGCAAACACUGAACAGUAGGUCAUCCUUUGGGUGACCCUGUCUGCUUUUGGCACACACUGACGUCACACAAGGUGCAGACAGCAAACACACUCAUUAUUGGACUUGACUAGUCCUGAGCUCACAGGA